CUCGCGCUUUACGUUUGCAAAAUAAUUAUUGUCACAACGUCAGUGGAACCUUAUCACAUCGCUUCAUUGUCAAAUCGACAAGCCAUAUUCAGAAGCGGAGUAUCCAUCGGAAUUGGAAAAAAAUUCUAAAUAUUUUAAAGCCUUUUUGGCUGCUUUCUCUUUCGCAAAUUCUUCUGCAAAUUUCGUGCUCUAUAUCAGCUUAUAGAAGUUAUUACAUGUUGCAUAAAAGAAAAAAAGUUAUAUAACAAUAUGCAUGCACAUUGCGCGCAAGUGUUAAGCGUAUUGCGGAAAUUGCAGAGAACGGAAUUGCAGAGAUCAUGAAAUAAGCUCCUAGUGGUAUUGCUUAUUCUAUCUUCUAGAUCUCAAUUUUCUAUAUAUGCGAACACUUUUAAGAAUUUAAAAUUGAAAGUCUCUUAGAAAUACAUUCCAUGCAAUCUGUUAGAAUCUCUAAUCUCUGCAAUUUUUCUCUAAAUAUUAAUCGAAUAUUACAUAAUUCUAUUAUAGAUAACAAUAUAAUAACAGUCACGCUCAAUUUACGAUAAAUCAUGACUGCACAGAUAUCAAAAUUUUAUGUUUUACGCUGUUAAUUCGAUCCUUCGCUUUGUGCAAUCGCGCGUCAAUUUUCAAGCUGCAAUCAUGCACAGAAAAAUUCGUUAGCAACGUCAGCAAAUAAAAUCGAACGAGAUGCGUGCAAGUUAUGUGCAAGCAUGACAUGAUAUGGACGAGAUUUUUAAAUAUUCUCACAACGUAAAUAUACAAAGUUAUCUGAAAUUUCGUUUUCACGAGAUUAUCGCCGAGCGUUUGCUAACUAAACAUUUCUACAUUUUUAAUUAUUAUGUAUACUUAUAUAUAUUUAUUAUUCGUAAAAAUUUUGUAACAUAAUUUAUACAAUUCCUUUGUAUCUAUUAGGCUUUGGCUUUUUUUGCAAAAUACAUCGUGCAUAUCGUAGAUAAUAUGCAUACAUUGAUAUGCACGUAUUUAUUGUUAUAAAACUCUUUUUUAUUUACGCUCACAUGUUACAGCCUUGGCAAUACGUAUGCACGGUUGGCACGGUUGAAAUCGUCACAAAAGAAAUAUGUUUCUAUAAUUUGCCAAUAAAAGUUUUAGAAUUUUGAAUUUAUCUCGCGGUUAUUAUUUCGUAGUUUGAGUUUUCAUUUUUCCGUUCAAUUAUACAUAAUUAAACGAGACGUUGGAAAUUUCUCGGCAAUUAAGAUGCAUCGGAGAACGAGUUGGAUUAUUUCAAUUCGAAGUUAAUAGCCCCUGAUUUGUGUUACCUUCGCAUUGAACGAUCGCGAUAAUUCUUCCAUAAACUACAUCUUUCAUGAAAAACCAUCUCAAUUUACAUUGCAACGCCGUUCAAGAAUGUUAAUUACUCAUAGAACUGUUGGCACAGAAGAUAAUCACAAUAAUCAUGAUAAUUAGUAGAUAUUUCACGUAAUCGAUCGAUUAAUAAUUAUUCCGCAAAUUGCAAAAACAGACCUACGCAUUACUUUUAGUGGAUAUUCCAGUUACUAGAAUAUAUUUUUUAUUCAAAUUCAAAUUUCAAUUUUUUUAUUCAAAUUCUAUAUAUACAAUUGUAUAUUAAUGGAUUUUUAAUCCUAAUAUCGAAAUCAUUUUUAAUAAUUUUUAUCGAACUCCAAUAACUGCAAGGUCAAUUCUGAGUAUUUCUCUCUCAAAUUUCCGAAUUCCACUUUGCCAAUUCCCUGAAAUAAUUUUGUUGUUGACGAUUGCGUAUUUCUUCAUUCUAAUGACUCGAAUCGCCGAUGGUCGUGAGUGGAGAUCUGCGUCGGCUGCGAGAUUCCGGAUCAUAAGUGGAUCAUCACUUGUCUUUCGAUGAAUCACCAGGACGACCGAGAUGCGCGCUUGUUAGGACGGCAUCAGCCUGUCGCACGAGUUUCGCUUGAAGUGAAGCUUAUGCGAGUGAAUAGCCCGCGACGCUGAGACGCGGUGUAACAUUAAUCCCUCGGAAAUCCAAAAUCGCUUCAGCCGUGGAUCACGCAGGCGAAGCCGGCCAGGCGGCGGUCACCAAGCACCGGAAGCCCCGGCGCAAGAAACCAAAAAACGCCGCCGCCGGCGACACUAAAGUGCGUUCCUCUUAUCUUUUCGCGGAGCUUCUUCCUCGAGGUUUCUCCUCGAUACAAAUUUUAUAAUUUAUAAUCUAUAACUUGCGCGUUCAUGAUAAUAUAUUUAUAUUAAUAUUUAUUGUGUAAUUUUGAAUUUCGACAAUCCAUUUUCUCUUAAACUCUCCAAUUACAAAAUGACAAUUAUUUAUUAUUUUUGCGAUAAUUUCAAGUUUUGAUUUUCAAUGAAAUUAGAGACUUUGAGAAUUCUAAAUUAAAUUUUUUUUCGAAUUGUAAGAUUUUCUUCAAAGGUUGAUUAGUACAAUACUUAUUUCGACAAAAUUAAUUUAUGUAAUAAUAAAUUUAUACAUCUUUCAAGACGAAGGGAAUGGCGAAUACUUGCGCAGAAUUUCGGAAGGAGAUACACAAGUCUUUCGUUCUACCGACGAUGCAGCCAACACCAUCAUAUUCUAUGACAACGAUACAAAACCAGACUAGUUCAACUACAGCCAUGCGACCUCGAUCUCUUUACACUGCGCACAAUUAUCAUCCUCAAGCCGAGGAUCCAAACUUUCAACGAUACAGCGAGCUCUCCAAGUACUUCGAGCCUCCUGCUGAACAAUGGAGCAGCCUGGGUGGAGCGACAGGGUACUCAGGAUCAGCAGCGAUCUGGCGGCAGGCUAGGAAGUCGAUCGGCGGGCCUUACUAUGCGGCUGAGGAAGCCUCCAUUUACACGGAGAAUUGGAGGGAACACGAUACCGACGCUGGUGUUGGUGGUGCCGUCGCUACCCCUCAUGGUACCAUAUCAUUGAGGCUGCACAACAGAAUACGCGUGGACAUGACCAUUGAUCGUGCUGUCAGAGUCAUCAACUUCAAGAACAAUAUUGUUCUGUCGCUGAGUGGUUCCGGAGCAGCAGCCGCCUUGCUACACCCCAACGGUAGGAUAUAUCAGUAUGGUUCCCGAGUGGAGAUAGUUGCUCACGACGCGCACGGGAACAACAAGUUAGUCUAAGUUUUCUCAUUAUUUAAGCAACCACAUUAAUUCCGACCGGCUUACCCCACUAGGUUUGCGAAGAUGUGGUACAAAGGAGUCAGUUUCACGUCGGAGCAAUGCGCGCUCGUUUAUCUGGUCGACACGGCUGGAACCAGGACUACUACGGAUUCUUUUUCGGAUAUGAGCCAGGACUUCUCGCUGAGUGUCUUCUAUUCUGGUUCUCGCCAUGGACCAGCGUGCCUGCAGGAAGCAGCGGCACAUCUCAGUACAGCACAGUACUGGCAAACGGAGGAAGGUGUCGAAAACUGGGUUAUCAAUAACGUCAGAGUAUCUCAAACUCCCGACGGCCUUGUCAGGAUUGCGCGGAAUAGUAAUAAGUAUCAGAUGCGUACGUCACCCAGCAAUGGUACAGCAUCACUGACGACGCCCUUCUUGCACUGCACCGCAUCCCUGGGCCAGACAUCGCAUCUGUUCGUACGUCGUGGCGAGCGUCGCAUGCACUACGACGGCACUAGCUUCAUCGUAAGAAAUGCAGGACACAGCGCCGGCUUCGAUGACAACAAUCAGUUGAAGGUUUACUAA